AUGGGUGUCAUUGCCUUCCCUGUUCAACUUGAUCGCCGAGCGAUCACUUCCGAUUUGCUGGACAACUUCAAGUUGUACGCCCAGUUUGCUGCUUUGGCUGCCUGUGAUCAAAAUAUCAACGGGACGAGAGGUGAAUUGACCUGCGAUCAAGGCCCAUGUGAUAUUGUACAAGCGGACAAGACGGAGAUCAUUGAAUCCUACCAUAGUGACCAUUCCGCGACUGGCUACAUUGCAUUGGAUCACACCCGAAAAUUGAUUGUUGUGACUUUCCGCGGGACUAUUUCGACGUGGGACGGAGAUCGCGAUAAGGAUUUUGUGUUUAAAAAACACUUGUCAGAGGUUUGUGACAAUUGUUACGUCCAUCGGGGAUUUUGGGAGUAUUGGAAAACCGCCGAAGAGCAGGUCACUAGCAGACUGCAGCAAGCCACGAAGGAAAAUCCAGACUACAGCAUUACAGUCGCUGGACAUAGUCUUGGAGGAGCUGCUGCGACCCUUGCAGGAAUGGACCUGCGUCUGAAGGGCUUCGAUUUGGACAUUUGGACGUUUGGAAGCCCCCGAGUAGGGAAUCGCAAGCUUGCUGCGUUUAUCUCGGGGCAAAAGGAGCCAAGCGUUUACCGCGCGACUCACGGCAAAGACAUUAUACCGGCUCUCCCACCCGUGUGGUUUGAUUACAGCCAGCUUUCCCCUGAGUACUGGAUCAACCAGGAAAGUGGCCUGAAAGUCACCCCGGAAGUUGUGCAAUACAUCGAGGGAUAUGAUAAUAAGACAGGGAACGCAGGACAAAGACACACGAACCUUGGUGAGAGCCACAGCUGGUAUUUUGGGAACCUGAGCAUCUGCGCCGCGCCGGCUGAUCUGCCCCCGAAAGAGAAGCAACCGAAUCUGUUGGAUGGAAUGGGAUUAAAUGAGACAUGA